ACUCUUCUCUAUACAAGGAGGCUUAGGGACAAGCAUAAUCACAACUCCGGUCAACGCAACUCAUGUCUCCAUGCUGUUAGAAAGAACCAAGAAAGUUGAUAUUCUAACAAUCAAAUUCCCUUGUGUGGAGGUUGGAUUGCCUUAAGGAUGUGAAUCUUUAGACAUAGCUGAAUCUUCUGAAAUGAAGCAGAAAUUCUUCAAGGCCACAGGCCCACAGCCAUGCUUGCUGACCCUCCUGAACGGCUCCUGAACAGGUACAGUCCCACUUGCUUAGUUUCAGACUGGUUCUUCCCAUGGUCAACUGAUGUUGCAUCUAAUUGUGUAAUUCCAAGAUUUGUUUUCCAUGGAACACGUUUCUUCUCUUCAUGGGCUAUAGAAUGUGGGAGAUUGUAUAAGCCUCACAAGAUGGUAUCAUCUGACACAGAUCCUUUUUGUCAUCCCAAGUUCUCCAAGCGAGAUCAAAUUGACAAGACAACAACAGCCAGAUUAUGUUAAACGAGAAACUCAUGAUUUAUCAAAGAUAUAUAUAUAUAUAUAUAUAUGAAAGAAUCAGAGAUCAAGAGCAAUGGAGUUCUCGUCAACAGCUUCUAUGAGCUUGAGUCAGGUUAUGCUGAUCAUUACAGGAAGGUUUUAGGAAGAAAGGCAUGGCAUAUAGGCCCCUUUUGGUUUUGGAACUGUGACACUCAGAACAAGGCAAAGAGAGGUAAAGAAGCCUCCGUCGAUGAACAUGAGUGUUUGAAAUGACUCAGUUCAAAGAAAACAAAUUCAGUUGUUUAUGUAUGCUUUUGAAGUAUAGCCAUCUUUGCUGCUUCACAACUUCUGUAACAACAGGUCUUGCAGUGUCCGGGCAGCAAUUCAUUUGGGUAGUGAAGAAGAAUAUAGAAGAAGACAAGGAAGAUUGGUUGCCUGAGGGAUAUGAGAAAAGAAUAGAAGGUAGGGGCCUAAUCAUAAGAAGAUGGACACCGCAACUUUUGAUUCUUGAACAAGAAACAGGAGGAUUCGUGAUUCACUGUGGAUGGAAUUCCACACUCGAAGCAAUAAUUGCUGGAGUUCCAAUGGUAACAUGGCCUGUUUCUGUGGAGCAGUUUUAUAAUGAAAAGUUGGUGACUGGGACAUUAAACAUUGGAGUUAGGGUUGGUGUCCAGAAGGGGGCUGCAUUGGUUGGUGAUCGUGUGAAGAAAGAUGCCAUAGAGAAGGUCAUCACGUAAGAUAAAGAAGCAUAGGAAUUGAGAAGCAGAGCAACGAAGCUAGGAGAAAUGGCAAAGAGAGUCGUUGGAGAAGGUGGGUCUUCUCAUUCUGAUUUCAACGCUUUCAAUGAAGAAUUGAAGAGCACGAAUUCCAUUUAACCCUCAAGAACCCCUGUUGUAGACCAAAACUAAAAUCUGUUUCUUCUGUCCAUCUCACUCUCGUCUCUUGUAUCUUAUCCAUAGCCAUCCCUGAAGCUCACGUCAGAUGAGAUACUCCCCAGAAGUGGAUGCGAACUUCCAGAGUUCAUGCUUAGCAAACCAAUGUCUACUUCUUUCUGUGAAGUUUCAAGAUGUGAAACACAAUAUAAGAAAGAAAUGCCAAUGUGAGCAAACAGAAAUUUUAAUGCCUCAAACAAUCAAACAUCAUUUAGCAAGAAA